CUUGUUACGUUGUGUAACUGUCAACCAUGGAGUUCAGCCGAGUGAUGUUAGCGUUUCAGAACCCAAAAUAGGGCGAUUACAGCAAAGUGUUUGAGUACAUGCAAUAUUAAAGAUAGCUUAGUUAACUUAUAUAGUUUCCAACACGCAACCUCGCAGCCAUGGAUAGCGAUGACGAAAAUAUGGAAGAAAUAAUAGAAGGUCCCCUGGAUGAAGAUGACCAGCCUCAUGGGUUUUGUACCAUCACUUACUCCUCGGGCGACCGCUUUGAAGGACACUUUGUUCAUGGGGAGAAGAACGGCCGAGGGAAGUUCUACUUUUUCGACGGGAGCACUCUGGAAGGUUACUAUGUGGACGAUGCCCUGCAAGCCCAGGGAGUUUACACCUACGAGGACGGCGGCGUCCUUCAUGGCACUUACUUGGAGGGGGAGCUGAACGGACCCGCACAAGAAUAUGAUGCAGAGGGACGCCUCAUCUUCAAGGGCCAAUACAAGGACAACAACCGUCAUGGAGUGUGCUGGCUCUACUACCCUGACGGUGGAAGCCUGGUUGGAGAGGUGAAUGAAGAGGGGGAGAUGACUGGCAGCAAGGUGGCCUACCUGUACCCUGAUGGCAGGAUAGCACUCCAUGGGAAGUUCAUUGAUGGGGAUCUCAUAGAGGCUAGGUUGGCCAUCCUCACUUCUGUGGACAAUGGACGACCACAGUUUGAGAUACAACCUGACAGCCCGGUUUACACUUAUGACAAGUCCACUUCAGCCUGUAUUUCUACAAACGGCCUCCUGCCUGACCCCUAUGAGUCAGAGAGAGUCUAUGUCGCCGAUUCUUUAAUUGCUGGGGCUGGGGAAGGAUUGUUUGCUAAAACAGAAGCUGAGUCGAACACAGUGAUGGCCUUCUACAAUGGUGUUCGUAUUACACAUCAAGCGGUGGACAGCAGGGACUGGUCCCUCAACAGAAACACACUCUCUUUGGAUGAAGAAGUUGUGCUAGAUGUCCCUGAACCCUACAAUAAUGUAAAGAAGUACUGUGCAUCACUGGGGCACAAAGCCAACCACUCCUUUACUCCCAACUGCAUCUAUGACUCGUUUGUUCAUCCCCGCUUUGGGCCUAUCAAAUGUAUCCGCACUGUCCGGGCUGUGGAGAGUGAUGAGGAGUUGAUGGUUGCCUAUGGAUACGACCAUAGCCCUUUAGGAAAGAGUGGGCCUGAGGUCCCCGAGUGGUACAAGCAGGAACUACAGGCUUUCGAAGGGUAGUGAAACUGUGCAGAUUGUGUGUCAGGAACUAACAGCAGAAGAAAGAAGAAAAAAGCAACCAAAACACAGAACUAUGCAGUACAGUUCUGUAGACAACUAAAAAAGCAGGGAUUCUCACCGCCUAGCACUUAGUGCCUGUUUAGCUUCCAUUUAUUAUUAAAGCCAGGUUUUAUUAAACACAUUUGUUGCUCCAUCUUUCCUACUCACUAGUGCAUGCAGUACAGUGACUUUUUUGGCUGUAGUGUUAUUGAAAAGUUCAUGGUUAUUGGAUUAAAAGUGUAUUUUGAUUUUUAAGUUAGCUAUAAGCGAGAGACGCUCCAUAAUAUUGUGGCGUUCGCCCUAUGUUGUUGCUUGAUCAUCCUUGACACGUUCAGAAGUUGUGUUUUUAAAUGUAAUACUAUAUAUAUAUAUACACACACCAAUCAUAGCCCAUAACAACAGUCAUGAUGUAAUGGAGCAUCUGUUGUGACAGUCACCACCAAAGCUUUGUACAGUUUAAUAAAGUGAGAAAUAUCCCAUAUACAAUGCAUACAUGCAAGCCUGUACACAUGUACUUUUGUGUGAAAGGUAUUUGACAGAAAGAUGCACAAACACACAUAAUUAGAAUUUUGGUAUAGAGUAAGUAAUAGUGUAUCAAUUUACAUUUGCACCAUAUAAUACUUCAAUAUAGUAAACUUAAGCGACUGUCUUACAGAGAGCAGCGUAACAUCAUAGUAACAUCACAGCAAUUUCCUAUCAAGCUAAUUGGUUUUGUAACCGAUAUGUGCCCAAACUGAAACUCUCUUAGGUUGUUAGCUUUCCACUAUAUAAAUAUAAUGAAAAAUGCAUAGAAAAUACAAAAAAAAGGUGGAUUAUUGAAACACAAUUGACUUGGUGUGUAAUUGCCCUGCUUCUUGCUCUUUAAAUUUUUUUUAUAAAUACACAUCGAAACCAAGUUACUGUGCUGUCACUUUGAUAUCUUGUAGUUAUCUUUUAGCAGAGCUGGUUGUUAAUGUUAAAACUGAAUUUUAAUUGAAUGCACAGUUUUUAAUACUAGAAAUCAUUAUAGAAACUAGGUUAUCCCUUAUACGUUUCCCAUAGUAAAAGCAUACCCAAGCAUAAUAAAGCACAGUGAAAGCAUGGUAAAGCUUAGGUAAGCAUUGUAAAGCAUAUUAAUAAACAUGACAAAUUAGGUUCAACUAUGAUAAAUUCAAAGUAUAACCAUGGGAAAAGAAUGGGAAAACUGCAUUACUGUGCAGAAAUACUGUGGUAAACUUUUAUAAGGGAUGGCCUGAAAUGAGAAAUGUGUGGAAAAAUCCUCCAGGGAGUGCCUAGUGAGACCAUUCUGCCUCCCAGGCCAUUUUCCAUUGCAUUUGUUUUACAGUGUGAAACCAGUCAAUAAAACACAUUGUACAAGUCAGUUAGGAUGUAUAGUGUAGACCAUGCACUGUACAUACAUACAUAUAUGACUUUUAAAAGCAUUUAGAGCCAGAAGGUUAAAGUCUCUACCCGUAGCUUGUGAGAUUGCUGCACCUUGUUGUUUUUUUUAGAUCGCCUAACCUGUUUUUAAUCCCCGUCAUUUAAUGUAACACAUUUCUACAGUAUACACAUUAAAGAUCAUCCCAAUGAUCACAUUAUUUAUCAAGUAGCUAGAAGGGUGCCACAAUACAGACCCCUUUAUUCUACAACCUGUGAUUUAUUACUCUACUAUUCUUACAGUGUAUAGCUUUGGAAGCGUCUGCCUUGGAUGUUUUUUCUCCUAUUGUUAAAGCGGCACGCUGACAUUA